AUGCGCAGUCUUGCUAUACUGGCUUCUCUAUGCCAUCUUACCUCCGCCCUCUCGAUCCCCGUAUACCCGAGGAAGAGAGAUGUUUCAGUCGGGGUUGCUAUUUACAGCUGUACCCAGCCAAACACCAUUGCUCUCACUUUCGAUGACGGUCCAUUUGUGUACACAGACUCUGUACUCGAUCAGCUUGCUUCAGCUGGAAUCGUGGCCACGUUCUUCCUCAAUGGUUACAACAUAGGGAAUAUCAUGGACUACCAACCCACUGUGAACAGAAUGAUCGAGGAAGGACACCAGGUCGCGUCGCAUACAUACGGCCAUCCAGAUCUCGCAGGCCUCGCAGAUUUCGACGUUGAGCAGCAAAUGUCGCUCCUGAGCAACGAUUUCAUCAACAUCAUCGGCAAGUAUCCUGUUUACAUGCGUCCUCCCUAUUUUAGCUUCAAUGCUAGAACUCUUGGAGUCCUGGGUCAAUUGGGCUUCAAGGUUAUUAUCGCUGAUAUCGACACCAACGAUUGGCAGUACUCGUCAUUCGGUGGUGCCGAGCCCUCUAUAGCUUCAUUCUACGCUGGGCUGAACAAUGGCGGCUCCAUUGUUCUUAUGCACGAUGUUCAUCAGAAUACCGUUCAGAAUAUCCUGCCUCGAAUCAUUCAGGCAACUCUUCAAAGUGGAAAGAGAGCUGUGACCGUGGGGGAAUGUCUUGGAGAUCCCGAGACGAACUGGUACCGAGGUGGAGCAACCCAAACAUCAGAAUGGAAUGGCACCGACAGUGAAGUCAUCCCCGUCAGUUAG